GUUGUGGUCCAAACCAACUGUUCAGUCUAAGAUCAGAAGACCCAGUAUAAUAUAUAAAUAUAUAUAUAUAUAUAUAUAUAUUGCAGAACUCUAUGGGAUAAAUUGGAAGUGAAGAGAAGAGAACAAAGAAAACAACAGAAUAGCCAAAAACAAAAACAUGGAUUGGAACGGAAACCUGCUGCUAAGACCCUCUCUGGACAAUUCCUUAAGCUUUCUCCCAACUUAUAACUACGACAACCACUACCCAGGCGUAGAGAUGAAGUAUCCGGUGGGGGGGGCGCUGCCGCACAUGGUGGUGACGGGUAUAGGGAAGAGCAAUAGUGGUUAUAGCGGGAAUGAGGAGCAGAAGAAGAAGAAGAAGAAGAAUCGGCUGACGAGCGAGCAGUUGGAGUUAUUGGAGAGCAGCUUCCAGGAGGAGAUAAAGCUGGAGCCGGAGAGGAAGAUGAGGCUGGCCAGGGAGCUGGGGCUUCAGCCUCGCCAAAUAGCCAUUUGGUUCCAGAACCGGCGCGCCAGGUGGAAGGCCAAGCAGCUCGAAAGGCUCUAUGAUGCUCUCAAGCACGACUUUGAUCUUGUUUCCAUGGAGAAGCAGAAGCUCCAACAAGAGGUGGAGGAGUUGAAAGCUAAGAUGAAGGAGCAAGCUUUCAAGAGCCGGCAACCCACCGAAAUCUCCAUUGAAGAGACAGUCGACAGCGCAUCGGUGGAAAAUCGAAACUCCAGGAAACCCGAAACAAGCCAUCGGCAGACGGCUAAAGGCGACUACAUUUUCAACGUCGAGGACUACAAUUCGGUGAUGCCGCUCCCUUACUGGGGUGCUGUUAAUCUGUCCUCUUAUCCAUGAAAGGCUGCUCUCCUGUUCAUAACAAUAACUUGUAACUUGUCUUAAUUAGCUACUUAAUUAGUUUAGAAAUUAGGUUAGUUAUUUGACUUCUAGCAGAAAUUAGGUCGACAGAAAACUCAAAUCUAUUGUAUUACGCUGCGGCAGGCAAUGAGCUCUUGGUGAGGACCUCCAAAGGAUUGUUUGUUGGUUAAUCGCUGAUAUAUAACUUGGAAAAUGGCUACUUCGGCAUUUCAUAUUACUGCCAUAAAAGG